AUGGGCGCCGCCGGCUCCGUUGAGAAGACGCUCCAGAACGUGCCCAACCUGCUGACGAAGGAGCAGUGCGGCGAGCUCGCGAGCUCCCACGGCGUGACGGUCAACGAGCGCAUGUUCGCCAUCCUCAGCAACAAGGAGGGCCUCAUCCCCAAGCCCGCCGUCGUCCGCUACUGCCAGCUCAACGCCAUCGCCGCGAACCCCGAGGCCGCGACGGCCGCCGCCGCGCCGGCGAAGCCCGCGGCGCCGCCGGGCGCCAAGAAGGACGGCCGCGAGGUCAUGCGGCGCGUGUCCAUGGCCAAGGGCGCGCGGCCCGCGCCCGGCGGCGCGUCCCGGCCGUCCAUGGGCGGCGGCGAGCGCGCGGCGGCCGCCGCGCCGCCGGCGCCGGGCGCGCCGCCGGGCGACGCGCCGCCGCCGCGGCGCGAGCGCAAGGCGUCCUGCGUCUUCGACUCCAUGCCCAAGCGCAAGCGCCAGCCCACGGUCGUCGAGCAGCGGCUCCGGAGCCUCGUCGACAACAACCAGGUCUUCCAGGCGAAAUACCGCGCGGGCGAUCCCGACGCGACGACGCUCGAGCGCGGUCGCGUCGCGGCGGCCGAUGCGACGGGCGCCGCGAACAAGUUCGACGCGAACUUCGUCGACGCGGACGAGGAGCGCGCGCGGCGCCAGAAGCACGCCGAGGCGCUGCGCAUGCAGGCCGAGGAGGCCAUGGCGCGCUUCAACGAGCUGCCCCUGAACGAGCAGAAGCUCGCGAAGAACGACGGGAGCCUCGAGAUGCGCGCGGCCGCGCGGAAGCGCGCGCGCCGCCCGAGCGCGCGCCCUCCCGAGCUCGGCCGCGCCGGCGCGCGUCCGGACGCGUCGCGCGCGCCCGUCGACGCGUCUCCACGCCACGCCCGCGCGACGACGCUCCCGUACACGCCGGAGAACCUCGAGAAGCGCAUGAACAUCCGGUCCGCGCCGCCCGUCGAGAGCGCGCUCCAGAAGUGGUGGAAGGCGUCGGCGCGCUACGACGACAAGGACCGCGACGGCGCGCUGAACAAGCCCGAGCGCGGCGCCGGCGCCCUUCGGGGGGGUUGUUCGCGCGCGGCGUACGCGGCGUUCCACAAGCGGCUCCUGGGCCUCUUCGAGGUCAUGGGCCUGGACCACCCCAUCAGCGAGGAGGAGGGGCGGGACCUCAUGGAGCAGGACUUCGAGCUCGACUCCGGCGGCGACGGCCUCGUCAACGAGGAGAAGUUCCUCUACAGCAUCUUCCAGCUCGCGGACCAGUGGACGGACAGCAUCGACGCGGAGCACUACUGCUCCUUCCUCCACAAGGCCUACGACAUCGUCUACAAGGAGAUGAUCGAGAGCGACGCCAUCCGCCCGCCCGCGGAGUGGACGGCGGCGAUGAAGGCCGUGCCGCGGUCGAACGCCGCGUGGUCCAACUCCAAGGUCGUCGACUGUGUCGUCGAGUUCAUGGCGGAGAUGUACCGCCUCAAGAUCGCCCCGCCGGCCGAGGGCGACGCCAAGCCGUCCAAGAAGGCGGCCCAGAAGGCGCGCGACGCGACGCUCUGCCGGUUCGUGCUCGGCGAGAUGGCGAAGCGCUUCGGCGCGGCCGACAAGCGCGACGGCUCCGGCAAGCAGCUCCAGGAGCUCACGAACACGAUCCUCGCCGUCAUCGAGAAGCCGCCGACCAUGGGCGGCGACAAGGGCGGCCUCCAGGUCUUCUCCUGGAUGCUCCUCUUCGCGCAGCUCGUCGGCUUCCACACGCUCUCGAGCCGCCUCGUCGCGCUGCCCGAGCGCGCGGCCGUCUACGUGCUCGACGUCAUCGACAAGUGCCGGCCCCUCCUCGACGGCAAGCUCCCGACGAACGAGCUCCGCGACUGCAUGGCGGCCAAGGAGAACGAGGCCAUGGUCGGCUACAUCAAGGUCGACAAGGCGCGCGUGCUCAUGGCCACGCUCCUCAAGAACGCGCCCUUCGACACCGAGUCCGCGGCCUUCGGCCAGGCCAUGGAGAGCGCCUUCCGCUCCAUCGUCCUCCACAUCGCCAACACGCCCUGCGUCGAGAUGGCCGAGUUCCUCACGCUCGUCGCCGCGGGCUUCGUCGCCACGCAGUGCCCCACGCUCGUCAACGAGGGCUAGCGCGGGCGCCCGGCGGGGGGGGCGGCCGGCCGCGCGCGCCCGGGACGCGGCCGCGGCCCGGGCUCGUAGGUCGCUUACGAGUCUCGAGG